CCAAGGCCGGCUCCCAUCAGCCAAACCCAGCCCCCUGGGCUCGGGGGUGGGCGGGGAGGACCGGUCGGUCGGCCGGUCGGUCGGGCUCUUCUCCUGCAGCCGAGCGGGAGGACGGGCGAAACUUUGCAGCGAGGCAGCGGCGACAGCCGGCGGCAUGGGCCCCGACGCGCUGCAGCUCGGCACCUACGGCGGGGCGGCCGCCGCCGCCCUGCUCCUCUGGGCCGUCUGCCUGCUCUGCAGGAGGAAAAGGAAAACUGGAGAGCCCCCACUCAUAAAUGGCUGGAUUCCUUACCUUGGGAAAGCUUUGAUUUUUAGGAAGGAUGCUUUCAAAUUCUUACUGGAUCAGCAAAAGAAACUGGGAGAUAUUUUCACUGUACACAUUGCUGGCAGGUACAUCACCUUCAUCAUGGACCCCUUCCAGUACGCCUACGUCAUCCGCAACAGCAAGCAGCUGGAGUUCCAUGAGUUUGCAGACAAAAUGGCUUCCAGAACCUUCGACUACCCAGCCCUGUCCAACGGAAACUUCCCCGACCUGAAGGAGAACCUGCACAGAAUCUACCAGUACCUCCAAGGCAAGCCCUUGGAUAUCAUCUCUGACCACAUGAUGACAAACCUCCAGGAUAUAUUUGAAUGGAAGUGCUCAAAAGCAACAGAUUGGGAGACGGAAAAAAUGUACAAAUUCUGCUGCUCUGUGAUGUUUGAAGCCAGUUUUGUAACACUGUAUGGAAGAGUUCCUGCCGCAGAUGGCCACAAAGUUAUUAGUGAAAUCAGAGACAAAUUUAUCAAGUUUGAUGCCAGCUUUCCCUAUUUAGCUGCAAACAUCCCCAUUGAGUUGCUAGGAGCUACCAAGAAGGUUCGGAAGGAGCUUAUACAUCAUUUUUCCCUUCAGAACAUGACAAAAUGGCUGGGAGGGUCAAAAGUGGUCCAAGCCAGACAAGAUAUAUUUGAGAAAUAUGAGCUGCUGGGAGAUUAUGACAAAGCAGCACAUCAUUUUGCCUUCCUGUGGGCCUCUGUGGGAAACACCAUUCCAGCUACAUUCUGGGCCAUGUAUUAUCUUCUGAGGCACCCAGAAGCUCUGGCGGCGGUGCGUGACGAGAUUGACCAUUUGCUGCAGUCAACAGGUCAGGAGAGAGGCCCCACGCAUCACAUCCGCCUCAGCAGAGAACAAUUGGACAACCUGGUCUACCUGGAGAGUGCCUUAAACGAGAGUUUACGGAUGUGCUCAUCCUCCAUGAACAUCCGCAUCAGCCAGGAGGAUUUUGUGCUCAAGCUGGAAGGGAAUCAAGGCGUUGGCUUGAGGAAAGGAGACUGGAUAGCCCUUUACCCACAGAUUCUGCACAUGGACCCUGAAGUCUAUGAAGAUCCAAAGGAGUACAAGUUCGAUCGCUACAUUGAGGAUGGCAAGAAGAAAACCACCUUCUACAAGGGAGGAAGGAAGCUGAAGUACUUCCUCAUGCCCUUUGGCUCUGGGAUCAGCAUGUGUCCAGGGAGGUUCCUGGCUAUGAACGAGAUGAAGAUGUUUCUUUUCUUGCUGUUGGCUCACUUCGAUGUGGAACUGGCAGAAAACAAAGCUGUCAGACUUGAUAACAGUCGGAUGGGCCUUGGUAUCCUGCUGCCAGACGUUGAUAUUGCCUUUCGCUACAAGCUGAGGUCCUGAAGGAAGUGAGUGGCUGCCUCUAUGCCUUCUACUAAUCUCCACCUUUGUGUGCCAUCACUCAGCUCUGUGGUUUGGGGAACUUCCUUUUCUGCUUUUACCUCCUUCUUCUUUGUCUCUAAGGAAAGAAGCCCUCAGGCUGGAGGUAGAUAUCAGAUGUUGGGGCCAUGCAACCUCGUUUUGUCCUGCUUUGAGUUGUGAGUGGUGAGAAGAGUCUGACCAAUAACCCAACGUCCCUGCAAGAUGAACCCUCAUGCUCUUGGCCAUCAGUUCAGCAGGAGUUGUUUUGGACUCCAGGAGAGAAUUCUCCACCGUGAGAAUAGUCAGACAUUGGAAUCAUCUCCCAAGGGAGGCAGUGGAGUCCCCUCUGUUGGACAGGUUUAAGACUCAGUUGAGAGGGUGCUGGGCCAGCUCACUUCAGCUACACCAUCACCUAGAAAGGCUGGACCAGAUGAUCCUUGGGGGUCCCUUCCAAGCUGGCAUCCUAUUCCAUGGUGCCAUCCAAACUGAAUCCAGCCCAUUUUGGUGGGAAAUGAGGUCCUCCUUGUUAGACUGGGAGGUCACUUCCAUCCACCACCUGGAAAUGGAGGUCCCUUCCAUCUCAGCAUCUGCUCAUGGCAGUGUAAUAGCAAGAAGGGAGGAAUUUGUCUCUUGGGGUGUGUGUGUGAAAGAAUUCUUAGUGAUUAUUAUUCUAACUUUCAAUCUACUCUGUUCCCUUCAUGGGCUUGACUGUCUCAGCCUUCAUUUGGGAGAUGUGAUGGAAGCUGUGUGGGGUGGUGGGGGAUGAUCUGCAAGAAUGUCUUGCUGGCAACACAUUUCUGACUUCAUUUUUAUGUACUGAGGGCGAAGGCUUCGCUUUGCUUCUUUUUUUCUUUUUUGGUGCAAUGCAAAGAAAUUAAAAUCUGUGAUUUUUUUUUUCUUUUUCCCCCCUUCUUCCCCCUGCAUUCAUUGAGAGUCAGAAGGGAGGUUCUGUUGGUUUUAAUAGGCUCUGCAUCAAGCCUAAAUUAUCUCUCUUGGCUUUUGAGCCAAAAAAUAAAGAACAAAAAAAGAAAUGAAGUAUAUUCUCCAGGGAGGAAAGAGAUGAGCCUGUUUGAAAUGAUUCUGUCAACUCAGAAGCUACCUUCUGCUUUGUCAGUAACACAGCCUUGGGUUGGUUUGGAUCAUUUCUUGGGUUGGGUCAUUUCUCCAAAAAGGCAAAAGAAGAAAAAGGCUUCCAGGGUGAGUGUGGGACCCAAAACUACCUUUCAGUGGUGUUUUGCUGUGCUGAAGUUGUCCACAAGCAGAGUGGUGUUUGGGAGCAGCCUUGUCCAGCUGCAGUGCAUGAAACAGGCUCUUCCCUGGGGCCAAGAUCUGAGCAAGGGCAAAGCCUGGGCAGCCACAGAAGUCCUCUGUGUUCUGGCUGCCCAACCUGCAUCAGUAGGUAAGCAGCUCCUGAUGCAGACAUGAGUUUCCUGGUGUGGGGGGUGUGAGGUGUUUCAAGCCCUGUCUCUCUUCCCAGCCAUCACUUCAGGGACUGGUGAGGAUUCUCCUGGCUGUCCAGUCUCCAUUGCCAGGAUGAUAAUUGGGAUGGGACAGUAGCCAUGUCUGUGGGCCUUGCCUUGUGUUCCCAAAAAACCUCUCUUUGGGAUGUGCCAGCAGGAAAUCGGAAGUGUGCCACAGUAAAAUCAGGAGCUGUGCUGUGCUCCAAAGCAGUUGGUGGCUGUGGAUGGGAGCUGUGACAAACACACCAAGGACUGCAGUAAUGUCUGGUUGUUGGACUGGACCAUCACUGCGAGAAGCAGAGGCUGAGAAAUAAGCUGCAGCACAGGAGGCUCCCCCUCAGCACAAGGAGAACUUCUUUCCUGUCAGGGUCCAGAGCCCUGGCACAGGCUGCCCAGAGAGGCUGUGGAGUCUCCUUCUGUGGAGCCUUUCCAGACCUGUCUGGAUGUGUUCCUGUGUGCCCUGAGCUGGAUUGGAUGGUCCUGCUCUGACAGGGGGGUUGACUGGAUGAUGUUUGCGUCCCUCCCAACCCCUGACAUCUGUGAGCCUGUCUUGAGCUUGGAGAAGAGCAGCCCCAGAGAGCAUCUGAGCAAUGCUCAGCAAGAGCUUAAGGGUGAGGGGCAAGAGGAUGGGGCCAGACCUUUGUCAGUGGUGCACAGUGCCAGGACAGGGGGCACUGGGCACAAAGUGGAAUCCAGGAGAUUCCAGAUGAACAGGAGGAGAAGCAUCCUUGGUGUGAGGCUGCUGGAGGCCUGGAGCAGGCUGCCCAGAGAGGUUGUGGAGUCUCCUCCUCUGCAGAGCUUCCAGCCCACCCUGGCCAUUGUGAUUCUGGGCAGGCUGCUGUGGGUGCCCUGCUUUAUCAGGGGGGUUGAGCUGGGUGAUCUCCAGAGGUCCCUUCCUAUUCCCACUGUGCUGGCAUUCUGGGAUUUGUAUCCAAGCCCCUUCAUGUAAAGCACAGGCCCCAGAUAAGCAGCAGCAGAAAGGCUGUCAGAGAUUGGCUCUAAACCCUCUGAGCAGAAAAUUGUGUGGUUUUGUCAGCUCUAUUGAGUAAACAUUUCCUCUUCAUCUAUAAUAUCAAUAAUGCCUGAGUGUUGGAGUGCCCUGACAUUAAAUGGGCUUUGCAGUUGAUUAAAUGCUUUAACUUUGCUUCAGCAUUUAAUCAGCAGCAAAAGCUGAUUAUUGCUUUGUGCCACGGAAUAAAAUGUGGUGUUUUAUGGAGGGAUCCUUGUACUCCAGUUACUUACUGCUGUAGUUACUCUGUAGCAGCUAUUCCAGGCUCAGCCAUAGCUCACACUCCAGCUUGGACAUUAGAGCUUGCUUUAUUGAGAGAGGAAAUGUCGAGAUGAUCAGGCUGUUGAGUGUAUUUAUUCCAUUGUUGUUUCAGUGGAAGCUGGGAAACGUCUCCUGCCCCACUCGUGAUCAAUCUUCCUCUGGCAUCCAACUUUGAAACCAACCUGAGGCAACUGCAGGCUCAACAGUGGAUUGUUUGCUUGAAACAGGAGAGGUUUUGUUGUAGUUGUGGCAGAUGUAUUCUGUUAUGGGGUUUGAACCGGGAGUAUCCCAGGCUGCUGCAUCACUUGGUAGGGUGUCAUGGGGCUGUGCCAGCUCAUUAGUAAUUUCAGGUUAAUUGCUGGUCAUCAGUUCCUGUAGUGUCUGGAAAGUCCAAGAAAUUGACUGUCUCCGAAAUCAGAGAUUUGUAGGAUGGGUUGGAAGGGACCUCAGAGAUCAUCUGCUCCAACCCCCCUGCCCUGGGCUAGCUGAAGUGUCUCAGCUUGACUUGAUUGCUCAAGACCUCAUCCAACAUGGCCUUGAGAACCUCCAGGGAGGGAGCAUCCACAGCCUCCCUGGGCAACCUGUGCCAGUGUCACAGCACCCUCACUGUGAAGAGUUUCUCCCUAGCAUCCAAUCUAGAUCUCCCCUCUUCCAGCUUAAAUUGUGAAUUCAAUCUGUAGGGCAAGCUUCCAUUAGAAAUGAAAGAGAAUCAAAACCUUUCCCAGGAAUCCUAGAAUCAAGCAGGUUGGCAGAGAGCUCCAAGCUCAUCCAGCCCAACCUAGCACCCAGCCCUGUCCAAGCAACCAGACCAUGGCACUAAGUGUCUCAUCCAGGCUUGGCUUCAACGCUUCCAGUCGCCAGGGACAGCAACUCCACCACCUCCCUGGAAAGCUCCAUGAAGGCACUGGGAGGCCUUCACCAGGACUGAGGAGCACUCUUUACACUGGCCUUGGGCUACCUAAAUUGUCACUACCACACUGUCACUGUGGCUAUAUUCAUAGUAUCAGAGUCAGAAUAAUUUUGGUUGGAAAAGACCUUUAAGAACACCCAGUCCAACCAUUCUCUAACUCUGCCAAGCCUGGUGCUAAACCAUGGCCCUCAGCAGCACAUCUCCACAGCUUUGAAACCUUUCCAGGGCUGAGGACUCCACAGCUGCCCAGAGCAGCCUGUUCCAGGCCCUGACAACCCUUUCAAGGAAGAAACUGUUCCUCGUAUCCAACCUCAACCUCCCCUGGUGCAACUUGGUGCUGUUCCUUCUUGUCCUAUCACUUGUCCUCUGGGAGAAGAGACCGAUGCCACCUGGCUCUGGCCUCUUUGCAGGGCGUUGUAGACAGCCAGAAGGUCUCCCCUCAGCUUCCUUUGCUCCAGACUAACCCUCACAGAAAAUAGGUUUGGCCCUUUGGAGUGCCCAGGAGGAGAACUGACAUCAUCAGCUCAUCUGGACACUAAAAUGUGAUUCUUUUCUUUCUUUUCUCUUUUUUCUUUCUCUUUUUUUCUUUCUUUUUUAUUUUCUUUAUUUUUUCUUUCUUUUUUCUUUUAUUUCUUUCCUUUUUUUUCUUUCCUUUUUUCUUCCUUUUUUGUUUAUUUUUUUUCUUUCUCUAAUUUUAACCUAGAGGUUGCCUGUUCUCCAUUCCCUCAGCUAAGAGGGUGCUGGGAGCUUUUGUCAACUUCUCCCCUCCAUUACAUGUCUCAAAAGCCCAGGUUGGUCUUUGGCUACCUGAUGCAAAUCAAACUUCCCCAUCUCUUCCAGAGCAUCCCUGUUGGAGCUGGUUUUUACUUGGUGCUUUUUCAGCUGGUUUUGGCAUGGCCCUGGAUAAUUCCUGCUCUGUGAAUUCCUCUUGUAGAACUUUUCUUUCACAGUUCUUGGACGUUUUGGCAGUCAAAAGAAGGUGAAUUGCCCUUAAUUGUACAAACUGACAUUUUGUGUGUAGCUAAAUGAAGGUUAAGUUCUGCUGUAAUUGUUAAUUUCCACCAUUAAAGCUCUUAAUUGAGGAAAUUUCUGAGCAAGAAAAUGGAAACUUCAUUUUUUGACUCAUCUAACUCUUUGUGUGAAUUUUGUAUUUCAAGCAGACAAUAAAAGAUAUCUCUAUUUUAAUAUUGAA